AUGAGCCUCUCAAAGAGGCUAGCAAAGUUGGUUGCAGCACUCUGCGUGAUCAGCGCCUAUGCAGAACCCCUCGUCUCAGGCCCGGGGAAACGAGCAGUUAUUCCAGGAUGGAGUAUGCAGUCCGCAAGCUGGACACAAACCGACAUGUCCGGCCUGUCUCAGCCUGGCGUCAACGUAUCUUCAUGGUAUCGAGUUGGACGCCGCAGCACCGUGAUGGCUGGCCUUAUCGAGAACGGCAUCUACAAUGAAACCGAAUUAUUUUAUUCAGAUAAUAUGGAGAACCUGGCAGACCAACCAAUCUUCAAAGAACCGUGGAUCUACCGAGAGGAGUUUAAUAUUUACCCUUCCAGCGAUCAAUACUUUACUUUGAAGACCCACGGAAUAACUUCCAAGGCAGAUAUCUACGUGAAUGGUGCUCUGAUCGCAACAAGUGAGCAACAACAAGGCUCCUAUGGAGGGCACCAGUAUGAUUUGGCAAGCCACCUUCGACCCGGGUUCAACUGUCUUCUAGUUCUCGCCUACCCUACGAACUACCUUCGCGAUUUCGCCAUGAGAUUCCUCGACUGGAAUCCUUAUCCAGCCGAUAAUGGGACCGGCGUCUGGCGUGAUGUGGAAAUCAUCCAAACAGGCGCAGUAUCCAUGUCCCCACUGAGAGUCAUUAUCAAUUUUACCAAGGCCGGAUCUAACGACAAUGUGAACGUCACGUUGAAAACAGAGCUUUGGAAUCACGCGCCUCGUAAAGUCAAAGUCGACGUGAAUGGCACAAUCAUGGGACCCAUCUACGCGGAUAAUGCUGCGAUCUGGGGGAGAUUUGAAUUGCAGCCAGGUGAAGAAAGGACAGUCUCCAUCCGGGCGGCACUCAGGAACCCACAAAUAUGGUGGCCGUCGGGCUGGGGAGAACAACCGAUGUAUAGGGUCCAGGCCGACGCGAUGAUUCAAGAGGACGAAUCGAUCCUUUCAGACUCUUCGAUACAAACAUUUGGUAUUCGACACGUUUCAUCUCAUGUAAACGAGCACAAUGACACAGCCUUCACCAUCAAUGGACAUCCAUUCCAGGUUUUAGGUGCCGGAUACACCGCGGACAUGUUUAUGCGAUUUGAUAAACAGACAAUCUCGACCAUCUUCCAGUACGUAAUUGAUUUAGGACUGAACACUAUUCGCCUAGAGGGGAAGCAAGAGCAUACCGAACUCUACGACCUCGCCGAUCAAAUGGGGCUAAUGGUUCUAGCUGGAUGGGAAUGUUGUGAUAAAUGGGAGGGAUGGGACUACAACAAUGACGCCGAUGGUGCAAAAUGGGAGGAGUCCGACUAUCGCGUUGCACGCGCAUCCAUGCUCCACGAAGCAGAGAUGAUGCAGGCUCACCCUUCAAUUCUCGGAUUUCUAGUAGGCUCAGAUUAUUGGCCCAAUGAUAAAGCGACUAAAGUCUAUAUCGAAGCAUUACAUCAAAUGGACUGGUACCUUCCGAUCAUCGCAUCAGCCAGCAAACGGGGUUAUCCUGAGGCUUUAGGCCCAUCCGGGAUGAAAAUGAGCGGGCCAUAUGAUUGGGUCCCGCCAAACUACUGGUACGGCGAUGAAGAGGGAGCAGCCUUUGGAUUCGGCUCCGAGUUAGGCGCAGGAGUUGGAACACCAGAAUUGGAUAGCUUGGCAAGAUUCCUGUCAAAGAAGGAUCUUCAAACUCUCUGGAAAGAACCACAUAUGGGCUCAUAUCACAUGUCUACCAAUGUCUCUGCUUUCUACGGUCGUUCAAUCUACAACAAGGGACUCUUCGCUCGAUACGGCAUGCCCUCCAGUCUCGAGGACUACGUGAGUAAAUGCCAGAUGGCAGACUAUGAAGCUACUCGUGCCCAGUUUGAGGCGUACUCGGCUCGCCAGAAUGCUUCUAGACCUGCGACCGGGGCAAUUUACUGGAUGCUGAAUAGUGCAUGGCCGAAUUUACACUGGCAGCUAUUUGACUACUACCUUCAACCCAUGGGUGCUUACUUUGGUACCAAGGUUGGGACUCGGGUAGAACAUGUCGCUUAUAACUAUGAGAAACAGACUGUUUGGUUAAUUAACCACUCGCCUAGGCAGCAAGGAGAGCGAGAGAUUUUGAUUGAUCUGAUCGAUACAAAAGGAAAGAAAAUCUCGAGUGCGAAGGCCAAGACAAACACCACGCCCAACUCUUCGAAGGAAAUCCAAAUGGUCAAGGGCAUCGACAAAAUCAAGGACGUUGGAUUUCUUCGCCUCGUCUUACGUGAUGUUAAGGGUAAGAAGGAGUUGAGCCGCAAUGUAUACUGGUUAUCGGCCGAGCCCGAUGUCCUUGACUGGCCAGAGUCCACCUGGAUCUCCACUCCAGUCGCCGAAUAUGCCGAUUUCACAAAUUUGGAGUCCCUUUCCCCAGCAAACGUGAAGGUGACUAUGAAGCCUCAAGAGAAGGAUCAGUCAAGCAACGGAUGGAGCUUUAUGGAAGUCCAGCUUGAGAAUGAAUCGAAGGUCCCCGCCGCGUUUAUUCACCUGGACAUAUUCAACCCGGCAGACGAUACCAAAUUGGAAUCCAUUUACUGGUCCGAUAACUACGUUACUCUUUGGCCAAAGGAGAAGCUUCGCCUAAUUAUAUCCUAUGAAGGCGAAAUUGCGAAUAUUUCGAGUUGGCUGAAAGUCACGGGGCGCAACCUUCGUUACCAUGGACUUAGGAAUAUGUGA